CCGUUAGAUUCCCACAAAUCUACAUAUUUCUGGAUUUCUCCAUAGCCGUCUGAUCACAAUCAAACGGUCCAAAUUCGGAUCAGACAGAAUUACUUUGACACCGACUGGAAGGAAAAGAAAAAAGAAGAAGAAAGAGUGACGAGAGACCUCGGGAGUCAAACUCAGUUCCAGAAGAGUAGCAGAAGGCUCCGUCUUCCAAAAUUCAUGACAGUACAGUAGUGGACUGGAGACUUGGAAACAGGAAAGAGAAGAAACUGAAGAAGAAGAAGAAGAAGAAGAAGAAGAAGAAGUAAUGGGUUUCACAAUGGGAUUGAACAUGGUACUGUUGUUAGCCAUGGUGGCGACCAAUAUUCUCUCCCUCUACCAUCUUUCUUCCACCAAUAAUUUCCUUCAAUCGCCUGUAAACCCUCCUCCUUCUCCUCAACUCGUUCCUGAUCAUCUCCUUCACCAGCUCCACACCAUACGCGCUGCCAUCAACCAUUUCACGCGCCACCAUCCAUCCACCGCCACGGAGAAACCUACAGCUCCCACCACUGCUUCCAUCGUCCCUCCAGAUCUCCUUCUCUAUUCUCAUCUCUCCCCUAUUGCUUCCUCCUGCCACCAUCACCCUGAUCUUCUCCACAAGUAUAUGUCCUACACUCCUUUCUCACUCUGUCCACUCGAUUCCGACCUCGCGGAAUCUCUCAUUCUCCGAGGAUGUCAUCCCCUUCCUCGCCGACGAUGCUUCUCCCGAACCCCGCCCAAGCCUUCUUCUUCUCUUCCUCUUGAUCCUUUCCCUCUCUCGCUUCCGGAUUCCAACGUUAUAUGGAACCAGUAUUCCUGCAAAUCGUUUAACUGCCUGGUAUCGAAGAAUCCUAACCUAGGUUUCGAUUUCUCUCUCGAGAAAACCUCGUCUCGCUUUUUAACUUACUCCUCCGAGCUGGAUCUCCCGAUUCCGCAGUUGCUGCAGAUUUCCAAAUCCGCUGGCUCUGUUAUUCGUCUCGGAAUCGAUAUUGGAGGGGGCACGGGGUCAUUUGCCGCCAGAAUGAAGCUGUACAACGUCACUGUCUUGACCACUACUAUGAAUUUGAAUGCUCCUUACAGUGAGGCUGUGGCUUUGAGGGGAUUGGUGCCGCUGCACGUACCUCUGCAGCAGAGGCUGCCGGUAUUCGACGGAGUGGUGGAUCUGGUGCGGUGCGGCCGCGCCAUCAAUCGGUGGAUACCGUUGACGAUGAUGGAGUUCUUGAUAUUUGAUGUGGACAGGGUGUUGCGGGGAGGGGGGUUUUUGUGGUUCGAUCGGUUCUUUGGCAAAAAGGUGGAUCUCGAAAAGGUUUAUGGACCGUUAAUUGGGAAGCUAGGUUACAAGAAAGUGAAGUGGGCUGUGAGUGACAAGAACGAUUCCAGUGGGUUGAAGAAUGGUGAAGUUUACUUGACUGCUUUGCUCCAGAAGCCUGAGUCAAGAUGAUGGUAGAGUUUCAGGUAACUUGGGUUGCUUCAUUUCUUAGCCUUUUUAGAUUUGAAAACUUAGGUUUAAUAGUUAUUGUUUUUCUGAAUAUGCAAUUUAUCUAUACCUGUGAUCUGAGCUGAAAAUGGGGUGUUUUGAUGGCUUACCAAUUUAAGGAUGACUAUAGGAGUCCUUAAGUUUGAUUUCCCUUUUUAUAUUCCAAAACACUUUUACUUAAUGUUGAAUUCACUUUGAACGUGCUAAAGCAUUACUACAUAGGUUUCGAAUAAUUGGCUAUAAUAAGUUAGGAUUGCCAACAUACCUUUCUUAACUUCUCUCGUACGUAAAACAUAAUGUAGAUCUCAUUGUUUGGGAUGUUGGAGUUACAUUUCCUUGAAGCUUAAAACCAUUAGGUCAAACAAAUAACAUUUUGACCUUUGAUGUGUUCAAUUGGAAUCCUCAAUCAUAUUUUAUUUUAUCUACUUGAUCCAGUGGUUCUACUUCUAUACCUUGGAGCUAUGGUGUCUUACAAGUACCAUAACAUUUCCCCACUUUUUGCUUGAUAAUCUAUUUGUUUUUUCCUGCGUUGGAUUC